AUGGCUAUUUUGGAAAUCAUGCUGCUCGGUGUCUUCUGUGUGCGCAUCUACUACUUGGCGAAGCUUGUCAAGACUGUCGACACCACCGGGGCAUUAGGACCGCUGUUCAUAUGUGCCUUGUACACAUAUGGCGGAUCGCGGUUCAAUGCUGGCAGGGACAAAGUGGUCAAGGCCGAAGACGAGAUCGAGUUGACCACGCGUGUGGAAGCGGACGCCGGAAAGGUGUCGACGCACUGUUCGAAUUCAGGCGACGACAUUAGCACAAGGAAUGUCACCAGCAGCCGAUGCCAGAUUGCUGUCAAAUCCUCGAUUGUGCAAGAGUCGGUCGAGCUCAAAUGA